AAACACAAAUUUUUUUGCAGUUCCCUUUGCCGCCACCUCCACCACCACCGCGUCCGGCGGCGCUCCACCACUACCCAACCCCUGAAUCUUACUGCUUUUGAAUUAAACGACGGCGGCGAAGACAAACGAACUUUGUGUUUGAUUUCGAAGAUUAGGAAAAAUGGGGUCGUCAAAUAUCAGAGACGUUUUAACUUCGUUCAAUCCAACUCUGGACUUGUUCGCAAUUAGUAUUGGGGAAGGCCGAAUUAAGAUAUGGGACACAGCGAAAGGUCAGCUCCAGACGGAAUUUGCAGAUAUUUCUUCGACCGAAACGAGUAUAUUUGCGAAACAGGAAGGAGGGCAUCUUUCGAUUGAUUACACAUGUAUGAAGUGGCUGUCUCUGGAGAAAAAGAAGAAGAGGAAGCUUGGUGGUUCACUGUUAGUGUUGGGAACUGGCGGCGGUGAUGUGGUGGCAUUAGAUGUAUCGGCUGGUCAGUUAAAAUGGAGGGCUAAUGACUCUCAUCCAGGAGGUGUUAGUGCUGUUUCAUUUCCUGUAAGUGGUUCGCGUAUUUACUCGGGUGGUGUGGAUGGAAUGGUUUGUGAAAUUGAUUCGAUGUCCGGGAAUUUAUUAAACAAGUUUAGUGCUUCUUCGAGGCCAAUUUCUUCUCUAGCUGUUUCCCCAGACGGAAAAACGAUAGCAACUGCAGCUGGUCAACUGAAGGUUUUCAAUUGCGCAAAUCGCAAAAAGCUGCAAAAGUUUUCUGGCCAUCCCGGGGCUGUGAGAUGUAUGGUGUUCUCUGAAGAUGGUAAAUACGUGCUUUCUUCAGCUACAGGCGAAAGAUAUGUUGCUAUAUGGAAAAUCGAUGGCAGCAAAAACAAGUCAUCAUCCGCAUUACUUGCAAUGGACCACCCUGCUGUAUACUUGGAUUGCAGGUGUGUCGAUAGUGGAAAUGCGGAUAAUUCUGGUCUAUCUGUUCUGGCAAUAGCAGAAACGGGUGUUUGUUAUUUUUGGCACGGAAAAACUAUCGAUGAGCUUCGUAAUUCAAAACCGACGAAGAUUUCUGUACUCUGUGAUGAGGGAGUUUUGCAGAAGAACAAAGGGGCGGUUCCUAAUGUAUUUGCUGCAAAAUUGCAGAAUGUUUCUGAGCCUGCUUGUGGUCAUUUGUUUCUUGCUUAUGGUUUGCUUAUAAAACCGACGUUUGAGAAAGUUCUGGUACAUUCCGGAACAGACAUAGAUUUGAAUGUUUCGCAAGAUGGUAUUCUUCUUCCUAUUGGUCAACCGCACGGGUCUAAGAGAGCGUCUGUUGACCAGAGUCGAGUUACUGCUCUGGAUCGUGCGAAUACAGAGAAUGCUCUACUUCCCGUACCUAAGAUGUUUGAUCUGAUCGAUGUGAAGAGUGAAUUGAAGCCCCUAACAAGCAAAGAUAGAAACGAGUUAGACCCUGUCACUCUUUCCAUGGAGGAAAAAUUACGAUCUUUAGGGAUACUUAGUGAUAAUACACUUAGCUCGAAGAAGGGCAAUAAAAUGUUGGAGGGCAUCAACCUUGACGAAAUUACACCGAAUAAGAAGAUGAAAGCAACUAUCUCAUCCAUGGAACCUAGUGAUGCACUCAAACUAUUGAAGGGGUUGGUAGAUGUUUGGCAAUCCAGAUCUCAGAGUUGCAAGAUUGUUCUUCCGUGGAUAUGUUGUGUAUUGAUGUACCACAACGAUUACGUUAGAUCUCAAGAACCGAAACUUCUGGAUAACUUGUACAAGGUUGCCAAAUCAAAAGUGCCAGCUAUGAACUCUCUACUGCAGUUGUCUGGUCGUUUGCAACUCAUGUCAGCUCUGAUUGACAAGGGUUUAAACAAGAAAGAUUAUGUCUUGGAGAGCGAUGAUGGAGAAAAUGAAAGUGAAGAUGAAGAUGUUGAUGAAGUUGUUUACGGAGUUGAUGAUGAAGACUCCGAUAUGAGCAGUGAGGGUGAUGAAUGAUGUUUUCCAGCUCGGUUUCUUAUAGGGGCAGUUUUGUAGUUUUAAUGCCGACAGAUUCACUCCCGUUUUACAUUAUUUUUUAGGUUGACAAGAAAGCAAAAUAUUUGAAUGUCAUCGUGUAUGUGUGUUAUGUUGAAGAGACGAUUAUUUUUUCUUU